AUGACCAUACCCGACGACCAAGACAGUCGGCACCAGAGUCCGGUGUUUUUCGGGUACGACUUGGUGAAGAAACCGAGGUCAAAAGGCGGGGCCUUGGAGGACCACGAGAAGCCCAAGAGAGAAGAUUUUGUGCUCCACCGAAGGGGGAAGUCUUGCCCCGUGUGCCUUGUUGGGAAACCAGGGUGCCCCUGCUGCUGGGAUUUCCCCGAGGGGUACGUUCCACACGACUUUGCCUACCUGGGUCCUUUCGAGGACAGCUCUGCCUCCAGGCCCACCUCGCGGCGCAGCUCCAGGUCUACGGUCGACGGAAGAGGUUCUGUCUCGUCCUUGCCUCCGGUAGGGGACAAGACAGGCUCCACUCCCAGAACACCGGCAGCCGCAGCGGCGGCAGACAGGGUAGAGACUGGGGCGGCGGCGUCAGGGAGCCCUCCUGGCAGACGCGUCUCGUUGUUGAUGAAGGGGAUGCACGGGGUCAUCACCACCGACAAGGGUGAAGGCGCCGAUAGCGAAGAGAAGGAAAAGCCAGAGCUGCAUACGGACCUCACGACGAGUGCGGCCAUCACCCUGUACCGGAGCAUUGUCGGAAGUACCAUCCGCAUCUUUGUGAAGGUUAUUCCUUGCGGCACGGCGACCUGUCUUUGGAUGGAUUCUUCUUGGCCAGUGUCAUAUCUCUUCGACCUCUGGAGAGCCAACGCCGCCGAGGGAUGCACGUGCGUAUUUAUGGGUGGGAUCGACGCCUUCAUGUGCCUUCCGACGAUACCGGGUCUGUGGAACCUCGACAACCGCAACCUCCCCGAGACGGACACCACCCUUGGGGUGCACACGGGAAACCUCCCGCUGUCCACGUACAACUUGACUACGCCCAAGUCGACGGUAACAGUGCUGUGCACGACCUUCUUGAGCAAGAUCAAGGUGAUAGCGCUUGAUACCCGCAAGUAUCUCGACAACACGUGGCGCUUGGAGUAGAGACUGGAGCCAGUCGCUUGCUCUUGAAAGCGGCUUUUGACAGAGCCGAUGGCAUGCCCCAGCACGAAGUUUUCCAGACGUGAUAGCGGCUUUUGAGCAUGAACAUGGGACGAUCUCCCGCCCCGUUCAUAUAGUGAAACACUGGACUUCCAAUAAAUUUCAAGAAGAGGAUCAUAAUUGCCGCUCUUCUGCUGUCCUAUACAGCAGCUUUCUUUCCCACAAAACGUGUUUAUUCUUAUUCUGGUGCUAUUUUCCAUUUGUGUUUCAGGGAAUAUUGAUCUUGAUUCCAAGGAAAACGAACGGGAAAAGGAUGGGUGUAUCCUUUUACGUGCCCGGAACAACAUGACAUUCGAUCUCCCAACACUUGAUAGGCAUAGCAAAAAAGGAUUCUGAGUGUUCAUGUUGUACGCUAUGACUCUACAUCAUCCUGGCCUUGGGUUCAUGGGACGAACCGUCAAAGAACAGACAAGGGAGAAUAUCGAGCGAUACCUGGUGUACGAGACUGGACUUGGAAAGCAGGCCGUCCUGGAGGUUUUCGAUCACCUUGUCGGGUGUCCGGAGCAUCCAGGAAAUACCGUACUAGGGCUGAGUGCAUUUGGUUUAUAGCAAUGAAGAAGGUCCAAGGCUUGCGGAUGCUUCAACGGGUCCCUUCCAAGGUGGUGGGUAGCCAGCUCUGGGACGAUUUCACGCUGAACCGGCAUGCACACAAAAUCGAUGCGUUGCGAGAAUUUAGUCCCCGUUGAAGAAUAGGAUCGGGUCGUUAGUUGCCCCAGUUCACACCCACUCACAAUCAACGUGAUUGUAAGCCUCAACCUCAAGUGCAAUGACGUACACGGAAUCGUCAUAUCUCUUUAAGGUUGAAUCGGGAUGGCGAAACGUGUCAGAUUUUCCGACCGAGCGCAUGUCAACGGGGAGUUGUUUCAAUAACUGGCCGCGUCUGACCCACGGUCUCAGAUGUCUAGCAAGCAUGCUUCCUCCUUUUUGGUUAGUUUCUCGAACUGCGAAGGCAAGGCGACCUUCCACUGGCCCAAAGGCGAUCUCGUAGAAACCACUCAUUCUUGCUCGCCGUAUGGAACUAACGCUCUUCGAAUCGUCCCAGAGAACGAUCCCAUACAAAAGGUCUUGUGCGGACUGAUGGAGCACAGAGUGGCGCAGCAGCAGCUUGUCAAUAACGACGAUGAUAGCGCGGAAGUGGCGGAAAGAAAUCGGUUGCUGCUGGAUGCUGAGAAGACCCGAAAACAGACCGCGCUCGAGAAAA